CUUCCCAUGAUCGGGACACAGGAGGGGGUAGAAUGGACCUGAUGGCAAUAAAAGAAGAGAAUCAAGAACUGAAAGAAAUCGAAGAAAAAGAUCAAUAUGAGAGACAUGAUUUCUUGGCUGUAAAAAAAUCCACACCGACUGAAACAAAUUCAGUUCAGAAGACCAAACCUCCCAGUUACUUAACCUGCCAUGAAUGUGGAAAAUGUUUCACACUAAAAGGAAACCUUAAAAAACACAUGAAAAUUCACACCGGAGAGAAGCCGUUCACAUGCCAACACUGUGGAAAGAGUUUCGAUACGAAUGGAAUACUUAAUCAACACAUAACCAUUCAUUCAGGGAAGCCAUUCACAUGUGAUCAGUGUGGAAGGAGUUACAAAUAUGAAGAAAGCCUCAAGUCCCCCAUGAGAGUUCACACUGGAGAGAAGUCGUUCGCACGUGAUCUGUCUGGACAUGGUUACAAAUACAUUGAAACCCUUAAUUCCCACACGAGUAAACAUUCAAGAGAGAGCGGUUUUAUGUGUCAUCAGUGUGGAGAGAGUUUCAACUGUAAAGUAAGCCUCUACACUUAUGUGAGACUUCAUACUACAGAGAAGGCUUUCACCUGCAAACUGUGUGGGGAUAGCUUCUCACAAAAAGGAAAUCUUAAGUUACACAUGAGAGUUCACACUGGAGAGAAGCGAUUAGGGUGUAAUGAGUCUCAGACAUAACCCUUGAGUCACACGUGAACAGUCCUUACAACUGUAAACUGUGUAGGAUCCAUAGAAACGUGUUAUUCACUACUAUAAAGUGACAUGACUGGGGAUGUUUUGUUUUUAAAUGGCACCAGAAAAUAGGCAUCUCUGUGAAAUAAAGGUUAUUUUCACACUUAAAGGAGA